UUAUCGAUAGUCGAUAAACACACACGGCACGUGUAGCGCGUCUGGAAUCGUUGUUAUUAAAAAUUUUAUUGAAUUAUAUAUAAAACUAAAUAAUUUAGCAUGCCUCCUGUUGCCCAAGAGGGCAAUUGCCUUAUCUAUCGUGGCAGCAAUUUCCUAAAGCAGCGCUUAGUGCUGUCUUUGCUAAGUGGAAAACCGGUGAAGAUCACCCACAUCAGAUCUGAGAAUGAAGGCGCUCCGGGACUGCAUGAGCAUGAGAUUAGUCUAAUACGUUUGCUGGAUAAAGUAACGAAUGGCACGAAAAUCGAAUUGAAUCCAGCCGGCACAAGCAUCAUGUUUACACCCGGCCUGCUCCAUGGUGGCCAAUUGCAUCAUGACUGUUGCACACAACGAGGAAUUGGCUACUAUUUGGACGCGUUGAUUGCAUUGGGUCCCUUCUGUAAGACGCCCUUGCAUUGCAACCUGAGUGGAGUAACCAACAGCAAAGAUUCGCCCUCUGUGGACCAUAUCAAGGGUGCGGCUCUCUCGCUACUGAAAAGAUUCCUGCUCGUUGAUGAGGGCCUCGAAUUGAAGGUGGUGCGACGAGGCGUUGCCCCACUGGGUGGUGGAGAAAUUGUUUUUCGGUGUCCUGUGCGUAAAAGUCUUAGGGCUAUUCAGUGCCAGGAGCAAGGCAUGAUUAAACGUAUAAGAGGCACAGUCUAUGCCAGUAAAGUCUCACCGGCCAUGGCCAAUCGAACUGUCGAGUCGGCCAAGGGUUGUAUGCUAAAAUUCCUCCCCGAUGUCUAUAUCUACACCGAUCAGAAUCGUGGUCUAAUGUCUGGCAAGUCUCCAGGAUUUGGCAUUUGUCUAUUGGCUGAGACUACCGAUGGUGUUUGCUUUGCAGCUGAUUGCACAUCCAAUACAAGAAAGGAAUCGGAGUCUCCAUCCAUACCGGAGGAACUAGGGCAGGAGGCGGCUAUGCGACUGCUUGACGAAAUCUAUCGUGGUGGCUGUUGUGAUUCUUCUUAUCAAUGGCUUGCUGCUCUGUACAUGGCCCUGUCUCAGAAAAAUGUUUCCAAAUUUGUUACAGGUGCCUUGUCCACAUAUACAGUACACUUUCUUCAACAUCUACGUGACUUUUUCUCCAUUACCUUUAAAUUGGAGAAUCCCGAGGAUGAAGACGAUGCAGAUGCUGAUGAAGAGCGGAAUGUACGUGGAGCCCAAAAAGUUCGCCUAACUUGUAUAGGCAUCGGCUAUACUAAUAUCAAUAAGCGUGUUAUAUAGAAUUUAUGCUCUUAGGUUUACUAUCUAUAUUAAUAGUUAUACACAUAAAUAUAUAUCUGUAUUUAUAUAUAUUUUUUUUAAAACAUAAAUAAUAUUGAAUUUUGCAAAGCUAA